AUGGCCAAGAUGAAUGCUGCUUUAGCUUCAAUCCUCCUGCUGGCUUUCUUAUGUUCAUAUGCUGAAGCAUUUUCAUGGGCAUCAUGUGCUUGUGGACCAUGUGCUCCUGGCUGCAAACCUGAGAAGAUUCAACUUGGCGGACCGAAUUCAAGAUAUUGUCUUUGCCAAUGCAAUUGUAACCCUUAUUACAAUCCACCAGACACCCCACCUUCCGUUCCCAGUAUUCCACCACCAAGCACUGUCCCAACAAACCCACCGCCAAAGGCUUUCCCAAGACCAACACCGAUCCCGACUCCACCAAAAUCAUCACCCCAGCCGCCUGUUAACCCACCACCAAACUCACCGCAGCCUCCUUCUUUCCAGUACCCAAGGAAACCUCAGCCACCACCCAGUGAUGACUUCGGUGGGUUCGACGUUUUCGGUUGUGUGAAUAUUAUGGAAUCUCUAGGUAGGUGUCUGUCAGAGAUUGGAAACUUGUUUGGUUUUUCAAGUCAUGGUCUGGAUGCAGAUUGCUGCGGUGUUUUUAAUCAUUUUGUUAGGUCCUGUGCGGAUGGAGACAGUGACAUGCUCCCUUCUGAAGUCAUGCAAUACUGCGAACAUCAUUGA